AUGUAAAUUGAUAUCGGCAUAUAUUUCUAGAUUGCAUCUGCCAUGUGCCUUAUCCUCAACCAGAAAAAUGAUAAAAGGUUUCAAGAACAAGUAUACUGUCUCCCCCCCGAUAUUGUGAACAUGGCCCUUUCGAAGCACCCAAAGGGGGAAUUCAUAUCACCUAAAACCAAUAAAGAAUUCAGGGUGGAAGACUACCCGAGUUUUAUUCCCUUCAUAGAUGCAAAAACAUUAACUUCGCAUCCAUAUAUUUUUGCACCUGUUUGCUACUCCGGCCAUUGGUGGUUAUGGGUGAUUGAUACAACAAAGCGGAGAUUUCAUAUACUUGAUCCGCUACACAAGAAAUCUCCAAGCGAUGAGAGAAAGCAGCUUAAUAAAUUCACUGGAUAUGUAAUUUCAAGAUUGAGAGCAUAUGCCGGCAGGGAACCCAUGAAGAAAGACGAGAAGGAGAAGGAAAUUAAAGCAUCAUAUGUUAAAAUAUCAAGCCAAAAAUCAAGUCAAAAGCUGUAUUACAGGUGGCAAAAUAUGAAGAAAAACAUCAAGGCAGAUAUAAACACAAAUUAUAAACUUUUACACCCAACGGAAGUUUAA